AUGUCAAAGAACCUCACCAACCAAGCGCGCUCCACCUACCGCGCUCUUCUGCGCGAGCUCCCCAACCGCCGCCUCUCAACCCCUUCCCCACUCCACCAACGCAUCCGCGCGAUCUUCCGCUCCGAGCCCGAAGCCACAAAAGCAGACUCAACAGCGCUCCCCUUCUCCCUUCCGAAGACCGACGAGGAACGCGCUCUCCGUAUCCAGGAAGCAGAGCAGUUGGCGCAAUAUGCUCGUGCACAGCGGACUUACUCGGCUUUGUUGGAGCGGUAUAACCCCGGCAUGAGCCUUGAUGAGGAGGAGAAGAUUAGAUUGACGGCUAGACGGGUUGGAAUGGAUUUGCCUGAUCUCUAUGAGGCUGAGGGGAAGAAUUAA